AUGCUCCCCUUUCCAGUGUCACUCUCAGGGAGACAUCAAUACCCCAGGCAAAAGAGCCGUUCGCACAGGAGUACAAAAGACGUCCUACUCACCCAAUCCAGAGUGACCAACCUCGGGCUUUUGCUCCUGGCAAGCCUCACCGCAAUCUCCUUACUUUUCAACCUCAGAUUCUAUUUCUCUGCAUCUAGGAAUCCUCUGCCGUAUCAAUUUGUCCCCACCGCCAAUAGCAUUUUGUCAACCAUUCAGCGCGACCGUGCAGUCUCAGUGUUAGAUCAUCUAAUCAUUGUGCCCGGACACGCAGUCUGGAAGGGUACCAAUGCUGAGAGGAAACUAGAUGAUGAUGAAUGGAUAUUAGAGCCCUACCAGAGAGGUGGUGGACCCGUGUCAGCGUUUUAUAAACACAUUACUACUGGCGCUGAACUGGCUAGGCAGGAUGAGAAUUCCUUGCUCAUCUUCAGCGGAGGUCAGACUCGCCGGACAUCGACGACUACUGAAGGCGAAUCGUAUAUGCGACUAGCCCUGACAUCUGGUUUCUUGCCAAUAUCCCAGCCAUACUCUGCAGAUGCACCACGUGUGGUUCGUGCUACCACCGAAGAUCACGCACUUGAUUCGUUUCAGAAUCUGCUGUUCUCGAUUGCGCGUUUUCACCAGUACACGGGUCAUUACCCAGAACAAAUUACCGUCGUUGGAUUCGAGAUGAAGAGGAAGAGGUUUAUGGAAUUGCAUCGAGCCGCUCUACGAUGGCCCAGAGACCGCUUCCACUAUAUUGGCAUAGAUGUUGAAGGGAAUGAAGCAGUAAAGGCACACGAAGGCGAGAGACUGAACGGUUAUCUGCCUUAUACCCUCGACAAUUAUGGUUGUCAUGAUUUCCUGCUGUCAAAACGUCGUCAGCGCAAUCCUUUUGCGCGAUACCAUUCCUACUAUACCUCGUCACCGGAACUAGGUCCUCUGUUAGAUUGGUGUCCUGGGCCUUCAGAAGGUGGUCAAACGGUGAUCUAUACUGGACCCUUACCUUGGGAUAAUCUACGAUGA